CCAGCAGACGGCAGUAGACAAACACACAGCGGCACUGAAUGACAGAAGAAUAACAUGUGGGAGAAACAUGGCGUCCUGCAGCAGGUUGCCCUUGCAUCCUCUCCUCUCCAGUACAUCAGCACGCCUCGUCUGUAACAGAAAUGUCCAGGUCGAAGCUUCCACAGCUAAGAGUUUGUAUCCACCCAUUCUGCCCUCUCGAACCGCGAAGAGUAAGUCUGCAAAGAGGCGUGUGGCCGUUGAGUUCUUCGAGCAGCUGCGCGCGUGCACGGCACAGGAGAAGAUCCGAGCGCUCACUCGCGUUCAGCGCAAGAAGUACGUGAUUUACCCACAGACAUUUGCUCUCAACGCGGACAAAUGGUAUCAGCACUACACCAAAACGGCAUAUGUCAGCGGUCUGCCCGAGAAAUACACCGCGUCAACAAAUGCGGAGUCGGCAGCGGUGGUUGGUGAGUCUGUGCUGUCUGAGGUGAAAUCUUUAGUCUGCGACUCCCUCUUACAGGAACACUGGUACGUGAAGAAAGGGAAGGCUUUCACCCAUAAACAGCAAGAGCAAUUCGUCACUCCGUUGUUAAGGAACAUUGUGUGUGGUCUGAAAAACCUUCUGGCCAAAGAAAACUCAGUGCUGAGUCAGUCUAGUUUAGAUUUUGACCCCCAAGUUAACUAUUACUGGUUACGGGGAGAAAGGACUAUCCCAGAGGGCCACAGAAGAGGACGGGUCGAGCCUAUGAGGUUCCAGAUUGAUGACAAACCUCACAGUCAGAUCAGAAUCCCACAACAACUUCCUGAGUUUGUUCCUCUUGAGGCAGAGAUCUCUGCUGAAGUUCCUGAUAUCACUUUGGCUCCUGACCAGCUCCCGUUGUUUAGGAGACAGUAUGACAACAACAUCUUCAUAGGUGCCAAACUGGAAGAUCCAUGCGACUAUGGUCACACACAGUUUCACAUGGUCCCUGAUAGGUUCCGCAGGGACAAAAUGAGCAAGAGAGGCCUCUCUGAUCAGGUUGAGGUGUCACUGAGAGCCAACAGUAUUGCCAGCCUGUUCGCAUGGACGGGUGCACAGGCUAUGUAUCAAGGUUUUUGGAGUGAAGAGGAUGUGAGCAGGCCAUUCGUGUCUCAGGCUGUCAUCACGGAUGGGCAGUUCUUCUCAUUUUUCUGCUAUCAGCUCAAUACUCUGGCUUUGAGUCCAAGGGCUGAUGUCAACAAUAGCAGGAAGAACUUAUGCUGGGGCACAGAAAGUAUGCGUCUGUAUGAGAGAAUCACAGACGGAGACAUAGUGGGCUUGAAUGAUGCCGUUCUUAAACUGCUGCUGCAGUUUUUAUUAAACAAACCACAGUGUUGAAAAUGCUGAAGAAUGGAAAUAUGAUUUGACUGUUCUGCGUGUCAAUAAACAUAAUAUAUGCAGCUGCAUGUUAUUUUUGUCUUCAUUUAAGUUUAAGAACUUAAGUGCCAAAAAUAGAACAGAAAAUUAAAAGAUUGUUGAAAAAUCAACAAUGCAGUCAUUUUUGUAUUUAAAGGAAUAGCUCACCCCAAAAAAGUUAAGGUAAUCCUUAUGAAUCAAGCAGUUUGAUUCAUAUCUUCUGAAGAUGUACGAUUGCUUCAUAUGAUAGAAAAACCUCAUUGGCUCUCAUGCAUCAAGCAAUGCUGAGCUUCCUUUGACCUCUGUGUCUGUGUUAAUCAAUGUUUAUAUAUGAAUAAAAGAUAAAUUAUAUUAUUACAUUAUAUGAAGCGAUUUAAGUCUUUUAAUAAAGUCAUCAGAAAAGGAAUCAGUUUUAUCUAUAGUUGACCUUUAUUAAAUUGAUUUUCAAAAGGUCAUAUGAACACUUCAACUUUAACAAUAACACUAUAUUGAAUAUUAUGAAAACAUGCCUUAUACGGUUAUAUUUAGAUGCCUUAUUCUUAUAUUCUACUUAUAUAAGAAUAUAUAUGAUAUGUGACAGAAUUAGUUUAGGCAAAAAUCCUUAUUGCUUAUUACUGUGAUUCAAGCCACAAGUUUCUAAAGCAGAAUAAAAGGGAUAUGCAUCACACAUUUUUUUUUUU